AUGCUUUUUGAUCAAAAUCCUUCAACAUUUGAUGGUAAUAUUGGUUAUUCCAGCAGUUUUAUUUUGCCGGCAACGUCAAAUAUAUCAACAAAAGAUUUACAAAUCUCUAUGGAUUUAACUCAAGACGAAAUCUUUGUAAAAAAUUUAUUCGAUGACUCUGACAUGGUUCGAAAUGAUUUUAGUCUUAAUAUGACUCUGAACACAAGUGAUGAUCUGCUCAACAAUUUAUUUAGUGAUAUUGAUAUUAUUCCAACUGAUCAUAAUCUUAAUACGACUCCAAGCACGAUUGAUGAACUGCUCAAUCGUCCUUUCGAUGGCACAACUUUUUGA